AUUGAACUUUUGCACAGAAAAAGAUGAUCUGUUUCACAGUCCUGCUAAUGCAGUUAGCUCUGUCCAUUGUAACAACAGAUGGACAAACAGUGCAGCCAUCUCUUUUCCGCUGCAGCCUUUUUGGAGAUGAUCACAUCAAAACAUUUGAUGAGUCUUUCUAUGACUUUGCUGGGGAUUGCAGUUACCUCCUGGCUGGGGACUGUCACAAACGUUCCUUCACGCUCAUAGGUGACUACCAGAAUGGAAGACGAAAUGGCUUCUCUGUAUAUCUGGGAGAAUAUUUUAACAUUCACUUGGCUUUAGAUGGAACUGUGACUCAGGGGGACAAAAGGGUUUCCAUGCCAUUUGCCUCCCAUGGGAUAUUUGUAGAGACCGAGGCAGGUUAUUAUAAGUUAUCCAGUGAUGAGCAUGGCUUUGUGGUGAAGAUUGACCUUGAUGUGAAUAUUCAAAUACUGUUUACAGACAAGCACUAUAAUAAAACCUGUGGCCUUUGUGGUAACUUUAAUUACUUUGCCGAAGAUGACUUCAGAACGCAGGAAGGGACCCUGGUCGAAAGCAGCUAUGAUUUUGCUAAUUCCUGGGCAUUGCACAGUGAAGAUAAGCGAUGCAAAAGAGUGCCUGCUCCAAGCAACACCUGCAAUAUUUCAUCUGAAUUUGCUGAUAAGGACAUCAUGGAAAGGUGCCAGCUGCUAAGGACAUCUUCAGUAUUCUCCAAAUGCCACCAUCGAGUUGAUCCAGAGCUAUUCAUUGGUCUCUGUGAAGAAGACUUGUGCACCUGUGCUCAGGACAUGCACUGUCACUGUCCAACUUUCCUUGAGUAUGCCAGGAGCUGCGCUCAGCAAGGAGUGAUUGUGGAUGGCUGGCCCAACGACAGCUCAUGUAGGCCAAGAUGUCCAGUUGGCAUGGAGUAUAAGGAGUGUGUAUCUCCUUGUGUCAAAACCUGCCAGAGUCUGAAUAUCAAUGAAGUUUGUCAAGGACAAUGUGCUGAUGGCUGCAGCUGCCCUGUGGGGAAGCUACUUGAUGGCGGUAGCUGCGUUGACAGCUCUGAGUGCUCCUGCAUACAUUCUGGCACGCGCUAUCCUCCCGGCUCUUCCAUCUCCCAGGACUGCAACUCAUGCAUUUGUCGACGUGGCAUCUGGAUCUGCAGCAACGAGGAGUGCCCAGGAGAAUGCUCUGUCACUGGCCAAUCCCAUUUCAAAAGUUUUGACAACAAGCAUUUCACCUUCAGCGGGAUUUGUCAAUACUUAUUUGCCAAAGACUGUGAGGAGAACUCCUUUUCUGUCAUCAUAGAGACGGUCCAGUGUGCUGAUGAUCUUGAUGCAGUGUGCACCCGCUCGGCCUCGGUCCGAAUCCAGGACAUGGAGAACAGCAUCAUCAAAAUGAAGCAUGGGGGCGUCAUCUCUCUGAAUGGGCAGGAUGUACAGAUUCCUUUGACACAAGGUGCCCUCCGUAUCCAGCGUAUUAUGAUGUCUUCAGUUCGCCUCACCUAUGGGGAAGAUUUACAGAUUGACUGGGAUGGCCGUGGUAAACUUCUGGUGAAGCUCUCCCCAAUGUACACUGACAGAAUCUGUGGUCUGUGUGGAAACUUCAAUGGCAAUGAAGGGGAUGACUUUCUGACACCUUCUGGCCUCGUGGAAGCCCUUGUGGAAGAUUUUGGAAAUACCUGGAAGCUCAAUGGAGAUUGCCAAGACUUGUUAAAACAAGACACCGACCCCUGUAGUCUCAACCCUCGCUUAGCCAAGUAUGCUGAAGAUUCCUGCUCAGUUCUGAUGUCGUCCAUAUUUGAGCCUUGCCACCAUGAAGUUAGCCCUUCUCCAUACCUGAAGAACUGCCGCUAUGACGUUUGCUCCUGUUCUGAUGGCAAGGAUUGCUUGUGCGCUGCUGUUUCUACCUAUGCCACUGCAUGUGCUAGGAAAGGCGUUCUGAUCAAGUGGCGGGAACCGGACUUCUGCUCAAUGACUUGUCCAGAAGGCCAAAUUUACCAGCAGUGUGGAACUCCGUGCAACCAGACCUGCCGAACUCUAUCCUACCCAGAUGUAGGCUGCAAUGAGUUCUGCAUGGAAGGCUGCUAUUGUCCACAUGGGCAAUACAUUGAUGAGCAUGGAGAUUGUGUACCAAAGUCCCAGUGCUCUUGCUAUUAUGAUGGUGAGAUCUUCCAACCAGAUGAUGUCUUUUCAGAUCAUUACACCAUGUGCUAUUGUGAAAACGGCUUCAUGCACUGCUCUACAAACAGAGCCCCUGGUGCCUUCCUGCCAGAUGUUUUCUUUGACCAUCAGCCAUCUGCCAGAAUAAAAAGAAGCUUGACAUGCAAGCCACCUAUGGACAAGUUUGUUUGUCCUCCAAACAACCCAAGAGCUGAAGGGAUAGAGUGUACCAAGACCUGCCAGAACUACGACUCAGAGUGUGCUAGCCAUAGCUGCAUAUCUGGAUGCCUCUGUCCCAAAGGAAUGGUACGACAUGAAAACAAAUGUCUUGUCCCUGAGAGGUGCCCAUGUUUCCACAAUGGAAGAGAAUAUGCUAAAGGAGAGACAGUGAACAUAGACUGUAACACUUGUGUGUGUCGUGGUCGAAAGUGGGACUGCACAGAUAAUGUAUGUGAUGCCACCUGCUCAGUUAUUGGUUCAGCCCAUUACUUGACAUUUGAUGGACUGAAAUAUAUGUUUCCAGGUUUCUGUCAAUAUGUGUUGGUUCAGGAUUAUUGUGCGGAUAAGUCUGGAACCUUUCGGGUUCUCAUUUCAAAUGAUGGAUGUGGAUUAACUGGAGAGAAGUGCACUAAAAGGCUUACGAUUCUGUUUGACAAUGGGGAGAUAGAGCUGUUCAAUGGAAAUGUGGAUAUCAAGCAGCCUCUUAGAGAUGAAACCAAUUUUGAAGUCCUGAAGUCCGGGCGCUAUUACAUUCUCUUACUGGGCAAAGGAAUCUCUGUAACCUGGGAUCUGGCCAUGGGUGUGUCAGUUAUUUUGAAAGGACAUUUCAGAGAUCAAGUGUGUGGUCUGUGUGGGAAUUUUGAUGGAAUCCAAAACAAUGAUUUGACCAGCAGCAAUAAUAAUCUUGAAGUGGAUCCAAUUGACUUUGGGAAUUCCUGGAAAGUCAGUCCAGGUUGUGCUGAUGUCAGAAAGCUCCCUCAGGGACAGACUAUGACUACUUCAUUGUGCAAUGGCAACUUAAUGAAGCAAAUGAUGGUGGAAACUUCAUGCAGCAUAUUGACCAGUGAGCUCUUCAAAGAAUGCAAAAAACUGGUGAAUCCUGAGCUGUAUAUGGAUAUCUGCAUGUAUGAUACUUGUGCCUGCGAAUCAGUUGGGGAUUGUGCUUGCUUCUGUGAUGCUAUCGCAGCCUAUGCCCAUAUCUGUGCACAAAAAGGUGCAGUUGUUCAUUGGAGAUCAUCAACUCUGUGCCCACAAAGUUGUGAGGAUCUGAAUAAGCAUGAAUUGGAGUAUCAGUGUGAAUGGAGAUAUAACAGCUGUGGACCUGCCUGUCCUAUUACAUGCCAACACUUUGAACCUGCGGUGUGCCCUCUGCAAUGUGUAGAAGGAUGCCAUGUGCACUGUCCUGAAGGAAAAAUACUUGAUGAACUAUCCCAGUCAUGUAUGGAUCCAGAAAGCUGUCCUGUAUGUAUAUUAGAAGGUGCCAGGAUCCCCCAUGGAAAGAGGGUUGUUUUGAACAAAGAUGAUGAACAUUGUCUAUUAUGUCACUGUGAAGGAAAGAACUUAACAUGUAGUGCCUGUGAGCCAGGAGACAUUAAACCAACACCAGUUGCUACAGAAGAAACAGAUAUAGACACAGAGCCACGUGUAUACUCCUGCAGCAAAAUGAUGGACCUGGCCUUUCUGAUGGAUGGCUCCAACAAACUCUCAGAAAAGGACUUCGAACUGUUAAAAGCUUUCAUAAUCAGUAUGAUGGAAAAACUCCACAUCUCCCAAAAGAAAAUCCGAGUGUCAGUUCUGGAAUACCGCACUGGCUCCAACAUCUAUCUUGGGCUCAAAGAUAUUAAAACACAAUCUCAGAUGAGGAAAAUUGUCCAAAACAUAAAAUACACUGGUGGAGAAGUUGCUUCUGCCACUGAAGUGCUUAAAUAUAUUGUAUUCCAUGUGUUUGGAAAGGCACCAAGGACAAAUGCUGCCAGAAUUGCUCUGUUGUUGACAGCCAGCAAGUCUCCAGGAAAUAUUCAGCGCAUCCUCACUCUUCUGCAAAAGAAGAAAGUCACAGUAAUACCAGUAGGAAUUGGACCAUCUAUUAGUAUGGAGCAAAUAAAGCUAAUUGAAAGGCAGUGGCCAGAAAACAAGGCCUUCAUAAUGAACAACGUACAAGAGUUAAUGGAAAACAGGGAUGAAAUAAUCAAUUAUCUGUGUGAUCUUGUGCCUGAAGUAGAUGAUGUGUUAACAACUACCACCCAAAAACCUAUUACAACCCUGCCCCAGGCAACUAAAGUGAGGGUACCUGAUCAGAGUUUAGCUACGACACCAUUCCCAGAUCAAGAUAUUUACAAAGUGCUUGAUAUAGCUUUUGUUGUUGAAGGGUCUGAAAAAGUAGGAGAGGAAAACUUCAAUAUAAUCAAGGAGUUCAUUGCAAAAGUUAUCAGAAAAAUGAACAUAGGAGAAGAAACCAUUCAUAUUACUAUCAUACAGUACUCGUACACGGUCACUAUUGAGUACUCCUUCAGUAAAGCACAGUCAAAGCAAGACAUUAUUGAGGUGGUGAGGAAGAUUCAGUACCAAGGAGGGAAUGCCACCAACACUGGAAAUGCCCUCAACUAUGUCUCCGAACACACAUUUACCACAGACAAUGGAGGCAGGGGACAAGUGCCACACUUAGUGUACAUGGUAACUGCAAACCCUGCCACUGAUGUCAUCUCACGUGUUGCGAGUGGCAUAAAUGUGAUCCCUAUAGGUAUUACCCCCAACGCGAACAUUCAAGAGCUUGAGAAGAUCAGUCAACGGCACACCCCAAUAAUCAUAGAGGGUUAUAACGAACUUAUUCGAGAAGCACCUGACUUAGUGUUGAAAACGUGCUGCUCAAAUAAAUCCAGAAUGGCCCCAGAAUUUUGCAGCAGACCAAUGGAUAUCAUGUUUCUUCUGGAUGGAAGUUCCAAUGUUGGAGCAUCAGAGUUUGAGAAAAUGAAAAGUUUUGUAAAAGCAUUUAUUGAAAACUAUGGCAUCAGCCUCACCUCGACUCAAGUGUCAGUUCUCCAGUAUGCAAGGGCAAACACCCUAGAAAUUUCAUGGAACAUGCCACAAGAGAGUGAAAAUCUUCUAAAUAGGGUGAGCUCAAUUCAGCAAAGAGAGCAAGGUCCCAACAAACUAGGUGAAGCAGUAAAUUUUGCAGUUCAGCAUGCUAUGUCUGAAGCCCAUGGAGGAAGACCCAGUGCAUCAAAGAUAGCAGUGAUCAUUGUAUCAGAGAAAUCAGAGGAUCCAGUGGACUCUGCUGCAUAUUCUGCAAGCAUCAACAGGGUGUCCUUGUUCCCAAUUGGCAUUGGAGAUAGAUACGAUGAAGAGCAGCUGAGGACGUUAGCUGGGCAAUUUUCUACUGACAGGAUGAUUAAGCUAAGACGAUUUGAAGACCUUCGCGACAUGGUCACCUUCGAUGAUGCAUUUGUCCAUAAACUGUGCAUGGAGCCUGCUGGAGAAUGUAUAGAUGAGGAUGGGAAUAAAAGGAGACCCGGUGACAAAUGGACAUUACUGGAUAGUUGUCACUUUGUGACAUGCUUACCAGGUGGCCAGACGGUUCUGGAGAGUCACCGAAUUAAUUGUGUGAAGACGCAAAAACCUACAUGUCCCAAUAAUCUCCCUGCUGUUAAAACUGAGGAAACCUGUGGCUGCCGCUGGACAUGUCCAUGCAAGUGCAUGGGCAGCUCGACCCGACAUAUUGUCACCUUUGACGGGCUGGAUUUUAAACUGACUGGCAAUUGCUCCUACACCUUGUUUCAAGACAAAGAGCAUGAUAUUGAAAUGAUUCUCCACAAUGGGGCUUGCAGUUCAACACCAAAAUUAAACUGUAUGAAUGCCAUAGAAGUGAAGCACCAUGGCAAAUCAGUACAGCUCUCUGGAGACAUGACAGUUGCUGUUAAUGGAGAAAUGACUACUGUUCCUUACACUGAUGAUUACUUUGAAGUCACCAUUUAUGGAGCAAUAAUGCAUGAGAUCAGGUUCUCCCAGCUUGGACAUAUUUUCACAUUCACUCCAAGAAACAAUGAAUUUAUCCUUCAUCUUAACCCAAGGAGCUUUUCUUCACAAAUAUAUGGCCUUUGCGGGGUUUGUGACCAAAACAAUGACAAUGACUUCAUGUUAAGAAAUGGCUCUGUCACAUCUGACAGCAGCACAUUUAUUCAAGAAUGGACUGUGAAAGAACCAGGCAAAAUCUGUGAAAUCAAGAGAGAUGACAGAUGCACCGAACAUGCCACUACCAAGUGCAACAUUCUGCGCUCACCUCAGUUUGCACAAUGCCAUGGAAUAAUCUCUCCAGACAUUUUCUAUUCUGCAUGUGAAGAAAACAGCUGCUAUGAGGAUGAAAUUUGUGAGGUUAUAGCUUCCUACGCUCACGUUUGCCAAAAAAGUGGGAUUUGCGUCGUUUGGAGAUCACCAGAGUUUUGUGCUAUGAAAUGCCCCAACUCUUUGAUAUAUGAUCACUGUCGAACAAGCUGCACAAAGCACUGUGAGAACAGCACCAGCAUCAGUGUCUGCAAGGACUAUCCCAUAGAAGGCUGCUUCUGUCCACCCGGACAGGUGACUUUAAAUAGUGAUUGUGUUGAUGAAGAAGUCUGCACAGAGUGCAUCGCUGAAGAUGGAACACACCAUCAGCACACAGAAACAUGGAUUCCUUCCAACGAGCCCUGCAAGAUCUGCAUGUGUCUUGAGAACAGGAUAAUAAACUGCACUACCCAACCUUGCCCUACUGCCAAACCUGCAGUUUGUGGUCCCUGUGAAGUUUCCAGACUACGCCAGGAUUCUGAUCAGUGUUGUCCAAAGUAUGAGUGUGUAUGUGAUUUAGUUACCUGUGAUAUGCCUGCUGUACCUGUUUGUGAAGAUGGUCUUCAGCCUGUAUUGACAAACGCUGGAGAAUGUAAACCAGCUUACAGUUGUGCUUGCAAGCAAGAGGAAUGCAAGCUGAAGCGCAUUCCUUCCUGCCCUCCACAUCGAGAGCUGACUGUUAAGAAGACCCAGUGUUGUGAUGAAUAUGAGUGCACCUGCAGCUGUACCAACUCCACAGUGACCUGCCCAGCUGGGUAUUUAUCUACGUCUGUCACCAAUGACUGUGGCUGCACAACUACUAACUGCAUUCCAGACAAGGUUUGUGUGCAUCACAAUGUUGUCUACCCCGUUGGGAAAUCCUGGGAAGAAGGCUGUACAGAUUGCACCUGCACUGACAUGGAAGAUGCUGUCACAGGACUUCAUAUUGCAGAAUGUCUUGAGAAAGCGUGCAGUACGAUCUGCCCUCAGGGAUAUACGUAUGUCAACCAGGAAGGGGAGUGUUGUGGAAAAUGUCAGAAGACUAUGUGUGAAGAGCAGAACUCAUGGUCUCGAGGGGAGGUAGAUGUUCGUUUGCAUGAGGUCGGCACAGAGUGGCGAUCCCCCUUCAGCCCUUGCAUUAUCAACAAGUGUGUCCGAGUGAACGACGAAGUUUUUGUUGAGAAAAGGAAUGUGUCAUGUUCUCAGAUGGAUGCACCCACCUGCCAUUUAGGAUAUGAGUUGCGCUGUGACCGAAUAACAAAUUGCUGUCCCUCCUGCCGGUGCGAACCUGUGAAUGGUUGUGUUCUGAAUGGCACCGUUCUCGGGGUAGGGGAACGCCUGAUGUUGGACCAAUGUACGAAUUGUCAAUGUAGCCUCCAGAGGGGGCUGCCUAUGAACUUCAAACUGACCUGUAGAAACACCACCUGUGAACCCUGUCCCAAGAGCUACAGGAUGGAAGAAAUCAGCGGCUCCUGCUGUGGGAAAUGUGUGCCAACGUCAUGCGGUAUCAAGUUGCGAGACGGAAGAAUCCUAUAUCUGAAGCCGAAUGAGUCAGUUCAAGAUGGCUGUGACAGUCAUUCUUGUAAAGUAAAUGAGAAAAGGGAAUUUAUCUGGGAAAAACGAAUCACUGGCUGCCCUCCAUUCAAUUCCAGGAGAUGCUUGGCUGAAGGGGGUAAAAUUGCAAAAGUUGACAAUACCUGUUGUGAAACAUGUAUAGAAGCAGAAUGCAGACAAGUAAAUUCCAUGCUGACGUAUCUGAAUAUCAAUGGCUGUGAGGCUGAAGGUGGAGUGCCUAUUUUCCAGUGUGAGGGCAAAUGCAGAAGCAAAACCAAGUACUCUAUUGAAAUGAAUAGACUUGAAGAUGAGUGCACCUGUUGUUCAGCUACUCAGACAGUUCCGGUGACCGUCUCCCUGCGCUGUGCUAAUGGCACAGUGGUGCAGCAUGAAGUACCAUCUGCAAAGCAGUGCGACUGUUUCUCUCGUAAAUGUACAUAGUAAACCUUUCCAGAAGCUGCUUCAUUUAACCUUUAUUUUUAAUGGCUAAGGAAUUUACCAUUCAGAUCUCACUUUCUUUCCUUUAGACUGCUUUAUUCCAGAUGAUUCUGACCAUUGCACUCAUUGUAUCAACAUACCAAGCAAUAAAAGUAAAGCUUAUUUAA